AUGUCUCAGUCCGACGCUCUAGACUCCCUUCGCGGAAAGCCUCUACCCUCUCUGCCCGCUGUUGCGCGCAACGCGAACACUUUGGCAAACAGAAGAGCACAGAUAGUCGUUGGGAAGCCUCCCAUAGAGGCAUCUAUGAUCUCUCCUCCUUGCCGUAUCAAUCCCGUUACGAUGGAGCCUCACACAACUCGAUUUGAUGAAGCCAUGUUCAUCCCCGCCAAUGACUGUCCAAGUCCCGUUCCCAGUCCUGGUUCUAAUUCGCCUUCCAUGGAAAAGCCUCCCCCAUUUGGCCGCGAUAGGCCGUCGACAUCAACAUCCGAGGUGGUAUGUGAGCAAUCAGUAUGGGAAUCAGACUCAGACACCGAAGACACGGAUCCAAAGUCGCGGUCAAGGAAGCCCAUGGAUACAUUGAAAAAGGUCCGCAGUCGGGUGCAUCUAAGGAUGGCCAAGUCGGCUCCCAAGUUACAAAACUCCAGCAACAGCCCUCAGGCCUUAGAAAAAUUCCCUACAACGCCUGACAAGCCCCCAGAAGAGCGUCACCCAGCCCCGAUGCGGUCAAUUGGGAAAUCGCGUUUCGCCCCCGAUAAGUUCCAAUCGGCACACCAAACGGUGCGUAUCGUGGCCCCAUCGACCACAUCGCUCGUGCCUCCACGGACUCCCCGAUCCCGCCGCAACAGCAAGGAUGAGCGACCAAACUUUGACAUCGAUCGAUCGACAGCAGCCGCGAUGCAGGCCAAAUCGAGGCGUAAGCCACAUUCCAAUUCGCCCCAGUCGUCCCUAUCAAGCGAAGGAGGUAAAAUUCGUACCCUGUGCCGCGAAGACCGAUCGGACAAAGCCCUUCAGAGUUUGACACCUUUACGACAACCUCUUUACAAACGUGUUUGGGAGUCCCUGCGCGUGCUUGGCUGCCACGGGGAUAUGCCACCACCUAGACCACGCAAGGCCAUGUAA